UAACCUUUAAGGUCAUAGCUUAUUAGUCUCAUAGGACCACAGAGUAAUUACUGUAUGCAUAGGACAAGGAAAUACUUAUAGUAUAUACUAGAGAGCCUAAAUAAUUCUUUAUCCAGGCUCUUAACUCUUUAGUUUAUACUAUAACUGAGUAUAACAAUCUUGAAACUUUUGAAUCUUAAUUGCCAGUAAUCCUAGAUUCCUAUAGUCAAAACCCUCAACAAAUAAUAAUUAAUACCAGAACCAGAGUCUAGAAAUUAGAAAACACCAUAACCAUGUCCAUAUGUUAUCUAGUUGUUCAGUUUCAUAUAAUAUUAUCAUUCUUUGUUGUUAUUAUUAUAACGAUUUCGCGCCAAUUUGUAUGCCACAGCCCACAGGCCACAGUUGCGCAUACUGCAUAGAACAAUAUUAAAUAUUACCUUAUGGCUUAUUAUUUCUCACCAUUCUGGCGUUCAGUAUUUUAGUUACAACUUUUAAGCUACAAGUCUAUAACUUAGCAGUGACGUUUUAUUAAUUAUUAAUUUUAACUUACUAUAAUUAUUAGUUGUUGUUCAUUCGUAUUCACUUAAACUGAGUAGCAGAGUACAAUUUUCCAUUAACGUCGGUGAAAUUUCUUUUAUUUUAUUUUGUACAGAUUUGUACACGGUAUUCCUACUGCUAUUUUUUCGAAAUUCGUCAUUUCGUUUUAUGUAAAUUCUGACAAUCCUGUGCAAAGAUAAUCUCUCCAUUGUCUCCAUUGUUGGCGCCGAUUAAUUUUGGUAAUUUAAUAAAAUGACAAACUCUGCUGUGCGAGGUGCAUUAAUUGUUUUGGAAGGCUGUGAUAGAUCUGGAAAAACUACACAAUGUGCAAAAUUAGUUGAAGCUUUAAAUAAUAUGAAAAUACCAGCAAAAAAAAUAUCAUUCCCAGAUCGAUCUACUCCUAUUGGUUCAUUAAUCAAUGAUUAUUUAUCAAGGAAAAUAGAGUUACCAGAUCGAUCAGUACAUUUAUUAUUCACUGCUAAUCGUUGGGAACUAGAACCAGAAAUUCGUAAACAAAUUGAGUCUGGUGUAACAUUAAUUGUAGAUCGAUACUCGUAUUCUGGUGUAGUUUUUACAAGUGCCAAGCAAUGUGUGGAUUUCAAAUGGUGCUGUGGUCCAGAAAAUGGUUUACCCAAACCAGAUAUAGUAAUGUUUUUAAAAUUAUCGACUGGAGAUAUGGCUAAACGGUCUGGUUUUGGUGAUGAAAGAUAUGAAAAUAUUGAAUUCCAACAUAAAGUGGAUAUAAAUUAUGAUAAAUUUAAAAACGAUAAUUUUAUUCAAGUAGACGCAGCUCAAGAUGUGUCAAUGUUAACAAACACUCUUUUAGAGCAAGUUUUAAAAACUAUAGACACUGUUAAGAACCAAGAAUUAGACGAUUUAGUUUUGCAAUAAAAUAAAUGUUACCAAUGCUAUCACUAUUAAUAUAGUUAAUGUUUUAUAUUUUCAAUCAAUACAUAUAAUUAUUCUUUUUCAAAAAUAAUCAUCAUUUCUCUAUAGUCUAUAUAUUAUGUAUUUAUUAAAUGCUAUUAAGUUACUUUUAUUUAGUUUAAGCUUUUAUAAAUUAAAUUAAUAUGGGUGGUAUUGCCAUUACCUAUCUGAUUUUAAUUCAUCUAUAAUUAAUAUUCAUAAGUUAUUCUUAGUCAUUAAUUUUGGGUAAAUUAGUUGGUAUGUAUUAUUUUGUUUUUAAUAUUACAAAAAUAAUUACAUUUUAUUAUGUAUACUAUUUUAUAUUAAGUAAAUUUUAAAUAACUCAUGUUUAUUUAUUUGUUGAUAUACUUUAUAUAAUUUUGUAAAGCACUAAUCAAUUAAAUGAUAACAUUUAACAACCAUCAAAAUCUAGCCAUUCAAACCAAUAAAAUUUAUAUCAUUGAUUA